CCUGAGUAUUUUGUUUUACUUAGAAACAUUACUAUUAUCGUGCAUGAUAUUGUGAUAAAUUUGUAAAUAAUUCAAAUCGAUCAAACUUUGAACGGGAGAAUAUCACGCAGUAUGGGGUGCUUUUUUUCGAGCUGUAAUUUUGGCGGACGCGAACAUUUGGAAGAAAACUUCGAAGAUGCAAAUGAACAGCAAAAAGUCUACUCGUGGGAUAAACGAGAUAAAGUGAACGUGCAAGACUUCAUUAUAGAUGGCAUAAAAAACGACACAGUUGGACGGUUACCUGGUGAUGUCCAUGGUCAACAAAUAGUUAUACAAAACUGUGAAAAUUGUAAUAUUUAUAUAUUUGACCAUACAGUGACAUUAACUGUAGAUGAUUGUUCUGACUGUAAUAUAUUUUUAGGUCCAGUUAAAACCAGUGUUUUUAUAAGAGAUUGUAAAAACUGUAAUAUUGCAGUUGCAUGUCAGCAGUUCAGGACAAGAGAUUGCAGUAAAAUAAAUGUGUAUUUAUGUUGCGAUACACAGCCUAUUAUUGAAUCUUCUAGAGGAAUGAAAUUUGGAUGUUUUCAAUAUUUUUAUCCAGAAUUAGAGGGCCAAUUCAAAGCAGCAGGUUUAAGUGUCUAUAACAACAAUUGGAGUAAAAUUCACGACUUUACUCCGGUACCAGGAGAAAAUAAUUACAGUUUGCUAACAUGGGAGGCAAAUUUAGAAGAUGUGUCUUUGUUAGUGCCAUCUGUCUCAGCCGAAAAAUUUUCAGGCAUUCAAAGUCAAAUAUCAACAGAAAACAAUAAAAGUGUAGUACCGUAUACGUUGGGUAGUCGCAGAAAGACGUCGAACGAGUCUUGUCUUGUCGUGUUAUUUCCUGACCGGGUUUCAUGUGUCAGAGCAGCGACAUUCAUUGAAUGUCUUAGAACGAAUGGCAUGUUCACACUAGCACAGACUAAAGAGGUUGCUAUGCUGCCUGAAGAUUCUGUGAGAGUAUUUGGUUCGGAUAUGUAUUCAAAUGCAGUGAAACAAGGCAAAGUUAUAGGAUUCGAAGUAAAUGGCAUUGGAUGUAUUCAGUUUUGUCAAGAGACUGUCAAAGAUCUUCUACAGGGAUCUACAGGAGUCGCGUUUGUCAGUCAAAGUCAAGAAGAAGCUACUCAGAAUAUUGACAAUUUUUAUAAUUUUGCAGACAUGCAGAUGGGUGUGUGAUAAUAAUAAUAGGCCAAAGCACUGGCAUCUGAAAAUAGACAUUUUUUACUUUUAUGUCACAAAUUGACGCAAAAAACAUAAAUUCGCAUAAUUAUUGUAUAUUGAAUGAUUUAAUUUAUCAGUUACAAAUCCAUCCAAUUAUUUUUAAUAAACUUGUAAAUGUGAACUAUGGUGUUAAUGAGUAAAUGACAGCAUUUUAGCAGGUGUUUACUUCUCAGGUGUGGUACACACCCAUAAUCUUAAAAAGAGCCAUUGUUUAUUGCAUAAUAUUUUAAAGUUCUCUGUAACUUUGAUGUUGGUAAAUAAUAUUGACAUGAGUUAUAUAAAUAUUAUUUCAUUCUCGUUUUAUUUCAUUCUCGUUACCAGAUGAGUUAUGUUAUUUCAUGCUUGUUGUCAGAUGAGUUAUGUAAUUUCAUUCUCGUUACCGGAUGAGUAUAUCAAUACAUCACCUUUAUUUUGUCAACACCAAGGUCAGCUUUUGUAUAAUUCAUUGGCUGUGUCGUAUUCAUGACAUAAUUGUUUGAUAUGGUUAUUCAUUUUGAUUCCCAAAGCACACUAUGAGGUUAAUUACAAGGGUAGGAGCCUAAUUAAAUAUAUAUUGUGGGAGAUUAAAGAGCUGGCAGUUCUGACUGUAAUAGUUAAUAACUAGAUAAUGUAAAGGGAAUUUGCUGAAAAUUUCAGUCACAUUGAUCCACUCUGAGUCUGAACCAAGAAUUUAGUAAAUGUCACAGGCUAGCGAUGAGAUCGAUGCCAUAGAGAGUUGAUUAUGGUCUGGAUAGGUUAAUUAAUGUCUGAUCAAUAAUUUAGAUAGCAUUUUAGGCCUAAAGAAAGACCUGCAAUAGCCAGAUUUAGUUCUUGCAUAAUGAGAAGCCACUGAUAUCAGGGAUGGUCACUUGGGCUUUUAUUCUAAUGAAUUCUUGUGUAGUAGGCUGUUGUCAUUGAACUUGUUUUAUUAAUGUAUUUGGUGAAUUCUGUUUUGUUCAUGUUUUUGUUUUGAUUGGUUUAUAAAUACAUGUACUAUAAUUGCUU